UCAUGCACAAAUCUCCCUCUUUCAAUUCACCAUGGCCAAGCCCAUCCAGAUUUCAUUUCUCCUCCUUUCUUGCUUUGUGUUAACAACCACCGCCACCACCUACAUGAUCGGUGACACUUCCGGCUGGGACAUAAGCACCAAUCUCGAUUCAUGGGCAGCCGAUAAGACAUUCAAGGUUGGAGAUGUUCUCGUGUUCCAGGAUUUAUCAUCUGACAAUAUCUGCGAAGUUACCAAAGAAAACUUUCGGACAUGCAACACAACGAAUGUUAUCAGCAGGUACUCUAACGGGAACACAACGAUUAACCUGACGCAACCCGGAAUGAGAUAUUUCAUCGACGGUAACCAGAUGUAUUGUUUGGGAGGGCUGAAGCUACAGGUUAAUGUAGAAGGCGACACGGCCUCUUCACCGGUUGGAGCGCCUCAGGCGCAGCCUGGAGCCACUCAGGUGCAGCCUGGAGCCACUCACGUGCAGCCUGGAGCCAGCCUUCCGACGCCUAAUUCCAAGAGCGGUAAUCCUGUUUCUACUUCGGAUGGGGGAAUUAUGUUGAGAGGAUGGGAGUCUCUUGCAGUGGUCUUGGUGGGUGUGGUGGUUACGGUGUGGCAUUUUGUGUAAAUUUGAGUGUGUUGUUUAGCAAAUGCAUGUGUUUUGAUCUGUAUCAAAUCAAAUUUGAGUGUGUUGUUUAGCAAAUGCCUGUGUUUUGAUCUGUAUCAAAUCAAAUUUGAGUGUGUUCUUGUUUCUUUGGGAAGAAAAGUACAAUUGUUGAGACCCCUUAGCAAUUUCAUGCUUUUGUUGUGUAUGUGUUUUGGACCUAAUUUUCCUUUCAUAAGGAACAAAUGAUAAGAUAGUUU